AUGGGUUCUAGUAUAUCGCCUGGAUCUGGUUCACGUCAUGACCUUGAUGACAGGGCCCUAGGGAGAUAUCUACUCCAGUCUGGAAAGAUUCCCGGUCUACAGCUACCAAUCGUGACAAAGAAAAUCGGAUAUGGUCAGAGCAAUCCAACUUAUUUUCUCGAUGAUGCAGCUGGCACAAGAUUCAUCCUCAGAAAGAAACCACAAGGGCCGAUCAUUAGUCCUGUAGCACAUCAAGUCGAUCGGGAAUACAAGGUUCUCCAAGCACUUGGCAUGGUCAAGGGCUUUCCGGUACCCAAGGUCUUCGAUUUAUGCUUGGACACCUCGGUCGUUGGAACCGCCUUCUACGUCAUGGAGUUUGUAAAUGGAAGGAUUAUCACGGACAUGGAAAUGAAAGAGCUUUCCCCAGCUGAUAGACGCAAAGCCUGGUUUUCCGCUAUUGAGACUCUGUCAUGGCUUCAUUCGAUCGAUCCAGACGCUAUUGGCCUUGAGCAGUACGGAAGUAAAUCCAACUUUUAUGCCCGUCACUGCAAAACCUGGAGCCGCAUCGAAGCCCAACAAGCUGCGGUAAAAGAUAGGAAGACGGGGACAACUCUUGGCCGGGCUCAUCCAAGAUAUGAUGAAAUAUCUGACCACGUCAGAAACAACUUGCCGGGUGAUCGAUAUGCUAUUGUGCAUGGAGAUUUCAAAUUUGACAAUCUGAUCCUGCACCCUACGGAGCCAAGGGUCAUUGCAAUCCUCGAUUGGGAAUUAUCGACAAUUGGCCAUCCUCUCAUGGACCUCGUCUUCCUUGUAUCCCCUUUCUUCCAUGAUUAUGCUAGAGUCGCGCAGCCCGAUUCAUCUUCAUCGGAGUCAUCUUACAAACCAGAACUCGAGGGCUCUAACGGUAUACCAGAAAUGGAUGAGCUCUUGGGGCACUAUGCCCAAAUUGUAGGCUUUGACCUUCGCAACGACGGAGGAGGCAAGGAUUGGGAGACCGCUACGAUUUUCCAAUAUCUCCGCGCAGGUACGAUCAGCCACGGCAUACAGGCUCGGACCAUCAGUGGCCAAGCAAGCAGUGACUUUGGCCAUAUAUACUUUUCAAAGACACAAAAGUCUCUGGAUGCAGCUUUUCAGCGCGUGAAGAAUUUCAAAGAAGAAAAGACUGGCCUGUCCAAACUUUGA